UUUCUACUCUUGAGUUUACAACUUUGCUACACGAGACUGCCUAUCGCUAGAGCGUUCACAAGAAGAUGCAUGUUAGGAGCUGUUCGUUUUUUGAUAUUUUUAAGAACACGAUCUAAUUAAAGAUAUCCAAAAUGCUAUUAAUAUAAUUUAACAAGAGUUUUGGUUAAAAUUUUUAAAGUUUGCCAUUUUAUCAAUGUUUUAUGGGCUUGCUUAGUGCGAACAUAAUAAUAAUGAAACAAAUCAAGUGAAUCAAGAACAUUUUCUCAUUAAACAUAAUUGAAAGGAAUCAGGUUGGAAUAAAUGCAGUUGCUUGCAUCAUCACAUUGUUAAAGGCUUUUGACAUGCAUAAGUACAGUGAAUCCAAAAAUAACUUAUAAUAUCAAAUUGAUCAGAGCACGGGCACAGGAAAGGAACUGGACACUAAUCACGUGAAACCUCUGCGUGCUGCACUAGGAUUUCGCUGAUUUCCAGAAAGGCGGAAACUGUUCACAUGUUUUUCUCUGUGCGCAAUUUGAUUGGUCCACCGCUCGUGAUCGAGUGGCUGUAAGCCACUUUUACCUGUGUCGAAUGCCUUUAAUCGAAAACCGUUGAUCUUUUUCUGAACCACGUGGUCUAAGUUAAAACGUAUUCCAGGAGACGAAAAGGAGAUGUGAAUAAAAGGUUUUUCUUUUCAAUACGGAUUUUUAUUGUUUGCAUAUUUUAUGCAAAGUUCCUUCAGACCUUACUUCCUUUCUUAACUUGCCUAGUUUAUUAAGACAUCGAUAUUACAUAGCAUCUCAAGAUUCACGACAUACAAACAAACAUACAAACAUAUAAACAUUCACAAGCUUCUACUUUACUCCCAAUACAUUCUAUGCAAGUUUUACUUUUGCAAACUCUGUUUUGAUUCGGUAAAAAUGCAUUUUAUGGUAGUAAGUAAUAACAAAUGAUGUAGGAAAGUUACUUUCUUCAUCUUCUUAUCUUUAGUAUCUUAAAAGUAAAGACUAAGCUUUGAAAAUGGGCGUCUCCAUCAGUUUCCAGUCCCCUGAAGGGUCUGACACAAAGUCCAAUCAUUAUCCAACACCCUCCUAAUUCUUGCCGCUUAAAUCCGUCUCUGGUUUGAAUCAAAGGUUAAUCCCAACCAGUCGAAACUCAAGCCAAUUGUUUCCGCGUUUAUUCUAUAUUAUAAGCUAGGCUUCAAUCCCUUAAAGUUGGGACAGUAAAAAUUCAAUCCGGUUGUCUCUGGAUAAUCCACAAAGAUAGCAUUCAAAUUUUUAACAUUAAUUUCUACAAAAUGCAAAAUUAUGAAUUGAGUUAUUAUUCUAAAAAACUGUCUUAAGUUCACUUUUAUAUUUAAUGAUAUGGCGAGAGCGUUACUGAGCUCGUGUUCCACAAAGGUAAUGUCCCUUUUCCAAAAUUAAUCUUUCACGUAACUUUUCUGUAAUUUUUCCGAAAUUUUGUGCAACUUUUACUGGCCCAUGACCAGGCCCGUAGACAGCUAAACUGGAUUGGCAGGGGGGCACGGAUAGAAACAUAGCUUUUUCUAUACCUGCCUUAUGAAAUACUGUCAGAUCAAGCUGCGCUUAUAAGAUCUUCAAACACAAUUUUCGCAAAUUAUUGGGGGACAUUUCCCCCCUGCCCCCCAGAGUCUACGGGCCUGCCCAGGCCGAAAAUAAUUGUCGUGGAUUUGUACGUGAAUCUUAAAUAUUUUCUUCUGAGAGGAAGUCUCUUGCCCUGUUAAUUAGACUUCCUUCUUCUUCCAAAAAAGAUUUGUUUAGAGGUAUGAAAAAGACUUGUUAUGAUUGCAGAACAAAGGGACCAUUGUCAUUACGCCAAUCACAACAAGUUUUUGCAAAUUUGCUGAAAACGUUGGAAGAAGCUUUGUUGAAAUCUUCAUUAAUUUUAAACAAGCAAUAAGUAAAUGAAUCCGAAGAGAACAUCAGUGGGUUGAGGCAAUCCAAGUUAGAGCACUCUGCAUUCGAAGUUGCUGACAUAUUAAAAGAUGGGUCAAGAAGAGGAGACAAAAAUUUCAAGGUCUGCACUGGCAUGUCUCCUUAUUCUUGGAUUUAUACAUCAAACACAGGGAAAAAUCUUCCAUGGGAACAAGACCAUCAAAAUUGGAGGCUUUUUUGAACUUGAGAACAAAUUGACGGGCAAAGUAAACCCACAGAUUGGAAUUCAUAUUGUCGAAGCAUUCUUGUUUGCAAUUGAUCAAGUGAACAAAAACAGCUCGUUCCUGUAUGGUUUUAAAUUCUCCACUGAGAUAGAGAAAGACGGCAUUAUUCGCCCUGCGAAAGAUAUCUUAUCUAACUUAAUUUACAAGUUCUUUGCAGGCAGUAACAUGAAGCAAUCAGCCCUCGCUCCAUACAAACCCUACGAUGCAUAUGAGGUGUCAGUUGUGGCAAAUGCACUGUCUUAUCCAGUUGUCAGUUACAGCGCUCCGUUCAUUAUAAAUGCCAAGAGCAACCAGUACUUUUUCCGCACCGUUCCUGAAGAUUCUUUUCGAGCAAUGGCAAUGAUUGACCUAUUACUCAAGAUUGGUUGGAACUACAUCGCAGUAAUUAGUUCGAAUGACCGUGAUGGUGAUGACAUCGCGCGGAAGUUCUUAAAUAAGGCGGCAGACAAGAAAAUAUGCUAUUCACAUUACGUUUCAUUGCCGGAAAAUGCGGCAGCCGCGGAUUUCGAGCAAGCAGUGCUGGAGGUGAGUGCUUUCCAGGAAAGUAAAGGUCUUAUUCUAUUCACGACUGUGGAUGAUUCCAUUGGUUUGUUACGCGCUAUGCGGAAACAUAAUUUAACACGUAAAUUUCAGAUCAUCGCCGCUUCCGGAUUUACAAAUUACAUGGAAAUCACAGAAGGCAAUGAAGACAUUCUGGAAGGAUCAAUCAGUAUUGAAUAUGCAACAAAGGAGCUACAGGGAUUCAGGGACCAUUUUCUGGCUCUUAAAAUGGACUCAAGGAGUUACACUAAAUUUACGGAAUUUUGGGAAUGGACGUUUAACUGUAAGAUCUCGGGAGCGGUAAAUGGAAGCACAAAGGCGUGCACAAAGAAAGAAAAUCUGCGAGAGGGGACUGGUUACUAUCCGAACACGCCUAUCCAUACUGUUGUAAAUGCAGUAUUUUCAUUGGCUCACGUGUUUCGGCAGAUAAUCGAGCAACGGUGCACAACAAAAGAAAGUUGCGACAGGUGGGAACCGUCGUAUAUAUUUCUCUAUUCGAAGCAAUUUGGUGACGUUUUGAAAAAUAAUUCAUUUGCUGACGGAACCCUCAUAUACACGGAUCCAGUCACCAAGAUAGACCACAACAUUGUUCAGUAUGAGUUUCUAAACUUUGUAAGAAAUGAUACACAUUACAUUAACAAGAAGGUUGGUAAUUGGUCAUUUCGACGAGAAGGACUAGCAAAGACUGGUAAAUUUUACUUAGAACAAUCUUAUAAUGGAACCAUUAUGAUGGAAGCGACUGAAGUUCGAUGGCAAGAUAAUAGUCCUGUGAUGACGUCAUCCUGCCGUUUACCUUGCCCGGUUGGAUGGAUUGCGGAACAGAAGCGCGAUUAUCGUCUCGCAAAAUGCUGCUGGAGCUGCAUAGAAUGCAAGAAGAACGAUAUCACCCGGAAUAAUUUGUGCAUUGAUUGCGGGAAAGACAAAAAGCCUGACGCGGAGAAGCGGAGUUGCGUUCUACUACCAAUUAAGUAUUUUGGCAGCGAAGCGUCAGAAUUCAUGGCUUUGAAAGUUUACAUGGGCUUUUCAAGCUUCGGGAUUAUUUGCACCCUGUUUGUGGCAGCAAUGUUUGUGAAGAACAACAACAACCGCAUAGUAAGAGCGUCCGGACGAGAGCUCUGUUACUUCAUGUUAGCAGGAAUUUGUCUUAUGUUCACAAUCCCGUUCACUUUCGCUUUCAAGCCAUCGGCAGCAGUGUGUUCAGUGCAAGUGGUUCUGCCGGGCAUUGCAUUAUGCGUGUGCUACUCGCCUUUAUUCCUAAAAACAAAUCGGAUUUAUCGCAUCUUCUGCAACGCGAAAACAUCAAUAUCGCGGCCACCAUUGAUAAGCCCGCAGUCACAGUUGUUGUUGCUGCUCUUUAUUAUUUCUGUCCAGAUUCUGCUAGGCGUUAUCUGGAUCGUUAGCAACAGCCCUGACGCCCAGCCAUCGUAUGAGCCUGGAGAGUAUGUGAUGUUUCACUGCGGUGAUGAAGGCACAAAAAUGAUUCUCAAUUUGCUUUUCAGCGUUAUCUUCAUGAUUUGCUGCACUUGGUAUGCGUUUAAAACGCGCAACUUCCCGAAGAAUUACAAUGAAUCAAAAUUCAUUGGCUUCACAAUGUACAUCACUUGCAUAUGUUGGGCUGUGUUCAUGCCGAUGUAUUUCAUAUCAAAAGAAGACCACCAAUAUACAAGAGCCCAUUUGCUGUGUGCAAUUAUGAUCUGCAUAGGUUUUCUAACGCUGUUUGGCCUUUUCGGUCAAAAAAUAAAACUGCUUAUGUUUCCAUCGUUGGUUGACGAGAAUGCCCCGCCGGUGCCAACACAGGCAUCCCGCGCGGCUGCUGAUCCAAAUAAAUACCAAGUUCAAAUUCAUAAAAUCGACGCCCUGUCUAUGUGCAAGGAGCCGCCUUUUAUCCAUUCGAACUCGGUGGUUGUCAAUAAGCAUGCGGGAAAAGCAUAAGGAAACAAUAUCGCUUUAGAUAUAUUCCAGUAAGAAAGAAAUGCGACAGGAAACCUUUGUAGUAUAAAGAUGUGCAGAUCCUGUCUAAAAAUCUCACAUAUCAAUAUCUCGAGUGGGAAAUGUGAAAAAAGUGACAAAAACGGACAGCUAAAAGUCUGUCGUUUUAGUUAAGAAGGAAGGGAAACUUUUAUAUCUUUAAUUCUCCCUAUAUUCCGCAAAUGCAAGUCCGCUUAAUGUUUGUAAGAACAGGCAAAUAACCUGUUAGGACAGGGGCUUUAUUUCAUUCUAUGCUUUAGCAGUUCCAACGAUCAGCUCAAAGACGUCACUAGCUAUAUAGCUCAGGGGGGAGGGGGGGG